GUGAAAGACUACAAUGUCCACAAGGCAUUUUUGUCGGUAGUUGCGGUACCAGUCAGAUAGUAAAGCAAAUGUAGCAAAGCUAGUGUCAUUCGGAAAGAACUUUGGAAAGACAUGACUGACAACAGCUGCAGUAAUGGUGGCCAGCAGCAGAGGUCAGACAUGACGGAUGCUGAGCUCUUCGACGUUCAGUUUGAAGAGCUGGUGUCUGAACUUACCCAAAAAGACUUAACAGACCCCGCCCUCGCAGAUGCCCUCAGCAGGCUGGCAGAGGUGUUGCGGUACAAUGCGCCAGGUGGCAAGAGGAACCGUGGUUUGUCUGUGAUUGGCUCGCUGAGGGAGCUGAUACCACCCUCUCAGCUCUCUUCGGAUGAUGUCAGGCGUGCCCUUCUGGUUGGCUGGUGUAUCGAACUGCUUCAGGCCUUUUUCCUGGUAGCAGACGACAUCAUGGAUGCAUCUGUGACUCGGAGAGGACAGCUCUGCUGGUACAAGAAGGAGGGAGUUGGUCUGGAUGCCAUCAAUGACGCCUUUCUUUUGGAGGGCUCGAUCUACCGGUUGCUUCGGAGGCACUGCAGGGGGCAGCCCUACUACACACACCUACUGGAGCUCUUCACAGAGACCUCAUUCCAGACAGAAUUGGGUCAGGCUUUAGACCUGAUGACGGCGCCUCCCAACAAGAUCGACCUGAACCGUUUCACCGAGGAGAGAUAUAAGGCCAUAGUUAAGUACAAAACUGCCUUCUACUCAUUCUACCUCCCUGUGGCCGCAGCAAUGUACAUGGCCGGGAUUGACUCUGAAAGGGAGCACCACAAUGCCAAAAGCAUCUUACUGGAGAUGGGUGAAUUCUUCCAGAUACAGGAUGACUACUUGGAUUGCUACGGUGACCCCAAAGUAACAGGCAAGAUUGGUACAGACAUCCAGGACAAUAAGUGUAGCUGGCUGGUAGUGACCGCGCUGAAGCUUGUGACCCCUGAGCAGAGAGAGGAACUGCAGUCUUCCUACGGGCGCAGUGACGAGGAGAGAGUAGAGCAUGUCAAGGCCUUGUAUGCCACUCUGGACAUGCCCAGCCAUUACCGGCAACAUGAGGAUGAGAGCUACCAGCGCCUGUUGAAACUCAUCGCAAGUCACGCCGACAACCUCCCCCAUGCCAUCUUCCUGAACUUCGCAAAGAAAAUUUACCGGAGAAACAAGUAAAGGAAUAAAUCUGGUCUGGGGACCUACCAAGCUGACAGGGGGACCUAGCGAGUGAUGGUCUGCAAAGCACUCGGAGUCUCAGCAGUCGGCUGCAGGCACAGUGUCUAUAAACAAAGGACAUAAUCAUGGUUUUUGCCUGAUAAAUGGCUUUUCAGAACUCUUUGGGUCAUACGGUUCCUGGCUUUUCUGUAGUCAAUUUGUGUAAUAGUUGUUAAGAUAUUUACUUGAUAGUCUGCAGUAUUGAAUAAUGAUUCUCAAUUAAUUUGUGGGAAGCCUGGAUCUAUCACGUUAAUUUGAGAUACACAGAAGGGGAUGGUAUUCAAGUCAUAUACUGUAUUAAACUGAAUUUACCGUGUAAA